AUUCAGCGGUCGACUUUAAAAACGCGUUCCGCUUCUACCUGUGUGUCCAAUCCGGCCAACGUAGGGUCUGCAGUUUCAGCCUGUCUGUCUGCGCUCGCAGCGGAGAGCGUCAGUUGGAGACUCCUGCAGAAACACAAUGACCUCCACAAUGAUCUCAGUCCCCACCACAGCGUCGCGCUUCGCCCUUCUGCAGGUGGAUUCAGAUUCAGACUCUGAUUCAGAUGCAGGCAAGCCUAAAGGGGGUCGGGAAGCUGGAAAAUCACGCACGGGGAAAUCUCCAAGUGGCAAAAUGAAUCAAAACACAGAGAAGAAGAAGGAGAAGGAGAAGAAGAGACGAAAGAAGGAGCAGCAGCAGAGUGAAACCAAUGAGCUCAGGAGCCUAGCCUUCAAGAAGCUGCCUCAGAAAUCCUCAGUGCCACCACCCUGUACUCUCACACUGCAGACUUUGGCCAAUGAUCUGCUGCAGCCCACAGCCAGAGAUCGUUCCUCGGCUCCUCAGGAAAACUGGCAGGAUUGGAAGCAGAGAGAUGAACAGUUGACCAGUGACUUGUAUGAGGCAGACCUGGAAAAGGCUUUAAUGCUUAGUAAACUAGAGUUUGAGGAGCAUAAAAAGGAAGCUGCCAGUAUGGAGACACCAUCACCAAAGUCCAAAGGAGGAGGGAAAAAAGAAAAGAAGAAAAGCCAGCAGGGAAAAGACAAACGCAUCACAGUGUCCCUGAAAGACUUUCAGCAGGAGGGAAGCAUGGAUCCGCUGAGUAAAAGGCAAGAGAGAGAGGAGUCGAAGCUUUUGAACCCAGCGGCCCGUGAAGAGAGGUUCUUUAACCAGCUGGAGGAUGAUGUGAGCCGGAUCGUGCAGCGAGACAAGCGCAGAGAGCAGUACAGCAGCAGCGCCGGCCAUGAGGUCAACACCUCCUCUGAACAAGAGCAGGAUGUUAGAACUGAACAGUUAAAGUUUGAGUUGGAAAAGAAAGACCAGGAAAUUCAAAAGUUGAAGAAGACUAUUUCACAAUGGGAGGAGAGAUAUAAAGAAGUGAAAGCAAGAAAUGCCCAGUUACUUAAGAUGCUUCAGCAAGGAGAGAUGAAGGACAAAGCAGAAAUCUUGCAGCAGGUGGACGAGCUUCUGAACAUCAAAGAGGAACUAACAUCACAGGUGACAUUGCUGCAUGCAUCAUUAGAACAGGAGAGAUCAAAGGUGAAGGGCUUACAGUCAGAACAACCAAAACAGACCAACCGGAGGGGGAAGAAGGGACCAGAGGGAGAUUUAUGAAGAUGCAGUUUAGAAAUAAAUGAACAGCUUUAGGGCUCCAACCUCCUGGCUUUUGCUGUCAUCAUUGACCUGCACCUACACUCCACACUUCUUCUCUGAAACUUCAAGUCCCAGACAAAUCCCAAGAACACUGUGUCUCACUUUUGACUCCUCUCAGUUGCAGUUUGGCUGUGGAGGAAAUUGUACUUGUGUGCUGCUCGUUUGAAGACGGCCUUAAAAGGGAAUUCAUAGAUUUUUCUAUAUUUUUGUGUAAUUUAAUCAUGGAGAUGCAAAGUCAUUCAGAGUGGUUUGAUGGGAGUUUUUUCAUUGUAGAGGAGUUUACUGACGGAUUAAUUGUCAUGUCUACAACACAUGUAGCCCUUUUGUUUACUCUGUCCUAAACCACCGGUGAACCUGUGUGUUUUUGGGGGUGUGAUGUUGAUAAUUGUAAAACAGUGGUAAAUUUGCAAGAAUUAAAAAUAAGUUCCAUUUUGC